UCCAGGGUCUCAUAGCUGAAGCCGAGCUCCCGAACAUGGGUUCUUUCCUGUCCCAGCCUGUGCAGCCGAUCAAGGUUCCUGCGCCUCCUGAGGCCACCAACUCCGCCGAGGCCCUGCCCCUCCCUGCACCUGGAGCGCCGACCUCUCCAGCGGAAGCCCCUCUAUUUAAUAACUGCUGGAGCUGUCGCGUGCUUUCAGGGGCGGGGCUGAUAGGGGCGGGCGGGUACGUGUACUGGGUGGCGCGGAAGCCCAUGAAGCUGGGAUACCCCCCUGGUCCAGGGACUAUUACACAGAUGGUCAUCGGCAUCAGUGAGAGUCGGGGCAUUGCUUGUUGGGGUGUAGUCAUCCUUUCAGACCCCAAAGGAAAGGCCUUCCGUGUUGAUUGAAAGUACUACCUAUGAACUUGUCAUCUGUCCAUGUCCCCAGGACACCAGAACAAGCAUGGGACUUAUGGAUGUUCUGGACAGACAAAUGGACAUUGACAGACUUCAGUCCUGAGGAUACUACAAGACUGAAAAGACAAAUGUGGGUUGUUAUUCUUUGGCCAUGAGUGUUGUGGCCGCUUUCUCAGGCUCCACAGGGAACAAUAAAUCCCUCAGAGAAGAGAA